AGAGAGAGAGAGAGAGAGAGACUUAAAUGGCGUCAACGAGUAAAGGGGCGGAUGUGUGCGGCGGCGGUGAUGUCGGGACAGAGGAGAUGACUCCCCGUCCGUAUCAGGUAGAGAUGUAUAAACUGGCGUUAGAGAGGAAUACGAUCGUAUGUCUGGGCACAGGCACUGGCAAGACGUUCAUCUCAAUCCUACUCAUGAAAGAUCCGCAAUUCGCGCGCCAACUGCGAGGCCCGUACCCAUCGGUGGCCAAACGCACCUUCUUUCUGGUGCCCACACGAGUGUUGGCUCAACAACAGGCCAACCAAAUCCGUCGCCACUUUGGCGCCAUCGGUCCCGUCAAGCACUUCACGGGCGACAUGAAUGUGGACUUCUAUGACCACGAAAUGUGGCGCAAACACCUGUCCGACAACUAUGUAAUCGUAAUGACAUUACAGAUACUGUUAGAUAUGUUGACGCGUCGGUUCAUCACAUGGGAUAACAUCAAUCUGUUGAUCGUGGAUGAGGUCCACUGGGCGGCCAAGAAGAAGGGCAAGAAAGAGUCGGGACACGCGUAUAAGCAGCUCAUGAAUCUAUACCGCGACUGUCCCGUAGAUCGUCGGCCCCGUGUGUUGGGUCUGUCGGCCAGUCUUAUCAAUAGCUCGAUGAAAGUGGAGCUCUUCGACGAGGCGGUCAAAGAUUUGGAGGACACGUAUUGCGCGGUCGUCAACACGUCAGACGUGGCCCAACUCUGCGGCACAAACCCGAAGGAAAUUGUGUGGGAGUUCUUGAGUGAGCCCUCGUCUCCCAGUCCUGUCGCCCAACAGGUGGUGAAAGCGUUGGAAAAGUUUGCCGAAUAUCUGAAGAAAAACGUGAAGAAACCGAAUCCCUAUUCGACAAAAGCCGGUCCGCAGACCGACGAGAAGGUGUCGAUGUGUGCGACGAGAAUCAAGAAGUGUCUGAUAAACAUACGCAAUAUGUUAGCGGAUCCGAUCGAUAAGGUGGUGAUCGACCCGAACACGAAGCAGAGGUUUAUCAUAACGAUGACAUGGAUGGGCGUCUGGUGCGCCUCCAAAGCCGUCGACCAAUACAUCGACGAGUUGUCGAAGUAUGAAGAGGUGUACAAACAUAUCAAUUCAAGUCUAUCGCAAAUGUUUGACUUCAUUAUCAAGUAUUUACGCCAUAUUAAGACAGUGUUUGCGCCCGAACUCGCGGCCGAUCCCAAAGCGGCUCUCAAUACGGCUUCGCCUAAAAUGAAUCGUUUGCUCGAAAUCUUGCGUAAAUACAAACCCUUUGACAGCACUCGCGAAAGCAAUCUCUGCGCCAUUAUAUUCGUAAACCAACGAUCGGUGGCCAAAGUGUUGGCCGAAUGGUUGGUAGAGCUGAAGAGAAUUGAUCCGUUGACGUAUGGUUUCCUAAACGUGGAUUGGGUCGUCGGACAGAGCAAUAGACCGGGCUUUGAAUCGCUGGUCACCUCCUUUACGGACAAACAGCAACAGGCGGUCAUUCAGAACUUCAGGGACAAAAAGCUGAACGUAAUUGUGGCCACUUCUGUGUUGGAGGAAGGGUUGGAUGUGAGACAAUGCAAUCUCGUUGUCCGUUACGACCGAAUCAAUACGUUUCGCGAGUAUUUGCAGUCGAAAGGGAGGGCCAGAGACAGAGACGCGCAUUACUACAUGAUUACAUCCGAUGAGGACAGUCAGGCAUUGAGGCAACAGCUCAACAACUUUGAGCAUAUGGAGAGACGCAUUGAGAACUUAAAUAAUGACCGAAGAAGUGGUGGCAGUGGAAGCAGUCGUGUCGCCGAAGAUGAGGACAACGAUUCCGACGACGAACUGCAACAUAAGAGCCCAAUCGGUGCGAUCCUAUCGUCCCGAAUGGCCAUUUCGCUGCUCUACCAAUACUGUCAGAAACUGCCCUCCGAUUCGUUCACUCAAUUGAUACCCAUAUUUGAGAUGAGGGGCGAAAUCAAGCCGUUCCAGUGUUCGGUGAAGAUGCCGGUCAACAGUCCACUCAAAACGCAAAUCAACGGCAAGUUUUGCCUUUCGAAAAAAGGUGCCAAAAAGAGCGCCGCAUUCCUGGCCUGCAUUGAAUUGCAUCGAUUGGGUGAACUCGACGACCGCUUUCUGCCCACAAGUAAACAACAGUUUAUCGAUAAAUAUGCCCUUAAAUUGGGUUUAAAUAUUAAUAAAGAAGAGAUCGUUAAAGCGGGCGAACCGAAGCCCGGGACACGAAAUCGUAACCAAAUAUAUGCGAAACGUUUGGCGCAAGUGUUCACUCCACCAGAUGUCCCCUCAGAUGAAUACUAUUUGCAAUUAAUAUCGAUAAAAUACCCGCAAAUUGAUUGCUUUGGCGUUCGUCAUCUCCAGUUCGGUGCCAUCACUGGCCGACUGAUAGCGAACCGGUGCUCAUUCACGGUAUCUGUCAAUGUUAGGCAGCAUUUAUCGGGUGAAUGUACUCUUAGCUCACAAGCUAUGGUCGACUUCACGCCAUUGAAUGCAAUCCAAUUGAAUGCCAAUCAGAAAGAGAUGAUUGAAAAGUUUCAUCGCUUCACAUUCAAUGCCGUCUUGAAGUUUGGCGACAAAAGCGAACUCGAGUUCAAUGGGUUUGAAUCCAAUUUCAAUCUAUUAGUCGUCCCAUUGAUCGAUGGCUCAGCAAUUGAUUGGAAUUUCAUAGCGAAGAUCAUUACAUGGCCUGACAUUGAAGUGAAGAAAGUGCCGAUCGCUGAUCGAAUCGGCUUUACAUUUGAUCCAAAUGUCUAUAAGGACUGUGUUUUCUAUCCGUGGUAUUCGUCUGAUCCGAACGAUGAUUUUAAGCCCAUGUUCUACGACUCUCUCGGAGUCCGAGACCUGAAGCCCUUCUCCCAAUGGAUUGGAGCCGACAGUCAGUACGAGACGUUUGAACACUACUACCGAAAGAAAUACGGUUUAGAGAUUUGCAACAAAAAUCAAUCGCUUAUUGAGGGCCGACGGGUGAAGAAUUGCGCUCAACUCAAGCCAUUUGUCAUUCCCAAAGUGGACAUUCAUAAGAGGGAGUACUUUGUGCCCGAAUUGGUGACAAUACACCCGUACCCGAGCACACUGUGGCGUCAGGCUCUCUGUUUGCCGGCCGUUCUCUAUCGACUUAAUCAUCUGUUUUUGGCCGAAGAGUUGCGUCAAACGAUUCGUUCGAAGACAAUGCCAUCGAUUGGUUUGCUUCAACCGAUCAAUAAUGAGCUUAUAUUAAAAGACACCAAAACAGACGCACAACAGACCGAAAGCCCAAAACGGAUCCUCAGUGUUGACGACUUGGAGGUUGACUGCGACGGACAUCCUUUCGAUUACGGUAUGCCGUAUGCGGUCACACAAUUGCCGUCGUGUCGUACGAAGAAACAGCGGACAGAGUAUCAAAUAACUAUCGAUAAAGUGGUCAAAGCCUCUAACAAACACCUCAGUAGUCUAACUCCACUUCCGAUCACCAGUAAUAAUAUAGUGACGGAUGCGGUGACGGAUUUGCUUAAUUUCACGGACGCUGUGAUUCUCCGUUUUUCCAAAUGCCUUCUAAGCGGUAAUGGAUUGCGAUUCACCGCAGAUAUGAUGGACACCGAGAGUGUCGACACCGCUCUCGUCAAUACCGAUCAGUCACUCAGUUAUGGCGAAUCGUUUCCGUUUGAAUUCAAAGGCGAUAUCAAUCGUUACAUCCGUGGUUCGUAUGACUCGCGCGUCGGCGACCCGAUUGCGGGCCCGACGGCCGACACUUUGCUCAAAGCUCUGACUCUGUUGAGCGCUAACGACGCCUUCAAUCUGGAGCGCAUGGAGACAAUGGGCGACUCGUUCCUCAAGUUGGCGACGACAACGUUCCUGUACUACGGGUGCCCUGAGCUCGACGAGGGACGGCUCUCGUACUUACGCCAACUCCAGAUUUGCAAUUGUAAUCUCUAUUACAUCGGCAAACGGUUGGGUUUGGCCGACGUAUUGGUGGCCAACAAGUGGUAUCCCUACCAGAACUGGUUGGCGCCAUACCAUCACAUUAGCGAUGAGUCCGAUUGUCAGCGGCUGACCGACAAAGAGAUGACUGCCGGCGCUUACGGAAUACAUUUGGUGAAUGACAAGAGUAUCGCCGACGCUAUGGAGGCACUGAUCGGCGCUCACCUUCUCGUCGGUGGCAACAAAUGUGCGCUGAUUUUCAUGCAAUGGUUGGGCCUUAAAGUGUCGACAAUGGAAAGCAUUGAUUAUCUGAAUGUCGAGCGCAGAGAUGAGAACGCAUUGUUCCGAUGGCUGCCGGAGCCGAAGAGUCCCAUUUGGAACACGGAAUUGACUGACAAUGAUAUUGACUUAUUCAUAGACAUUGACUACAAUGGAUGUAAUUUAGAUGUCUUCGAGCGGAUCAUUGGUUACGAAUUCAAGAACAAAGCGUUUCUAAUCCAAGCGUUCACUCAUAGCUCUAACUAUCUGAAUGUGUUUACCGAUUGCUACCAACGACUCGAGUUCUUAGGCGACGCCAUUUUGGAUUAUCUCAUAACUCGUCAUAUAUUCAGCAUUGAGGACAAGAUGUUCAGUCCGGGAGAGCUGACAGACUUGCGGUCGGCGCUCGUCAACAACGCCUUCUUCGCGUCGAUUGCCGUUAAGUUUCGUUUCCAUCAAUUUCUGAAAGUCUUGUCACCGGAUCUGUUCCACGCCAUCGAACUGUUUGUUCGAGAGUUUGAGAAGAAUAAAGUGAUGACAAUUAACAACAGCUUUAAUCACUUGACCGACGAAGAGGUGUCCGACUUGGAAGAGGUGGAAGUGCCCAAAGCGUUGGGCGAUAUAUUCGAGUCGGUGGCCGGCGCUAUAUGGCUGGACAGUGGGCUCUCAUUGGAUGCCGUUUGGAGAGUCUAUUUCAAGCUUCUUAAGCCAGAAAUUGACUAUUUCAGUCAUAAUAUCCCAAGAAUGCCGAUCCGAGAGCUGAGAGAGCGCUGCGCGAAAGUGGAGUUCAGUGCAGGGGAACAGAUUACUGGCCGUAAGAUACACGUGACUGUGACCGCCGAUGGCAGACAAUACGGAGGAAUCGGCAAAAAUACCAAAUCUGCCAAAAUAGCCGCUUCCAAGUGUGCCCUCAAAGCCAUGGCUCAGCAAAAAUCAUAUAUACUGCCCGUAGUGUUGGCCGCUUUGAUGGCCGGCACUGACGGCCAGUAUUACAAUAAGACUCGUCGACACGAAAUUGUCGAUUCUGUCGACUGUUUCGACAGCAAAGACGAGAAUAUCUACGAGUAUUCGUUUGAGACGAUUGACGGCAAGAAGAAGGUGUCGAUGAAAGAGUACCAAAACUACACUCUCCUCAUCGCAAAUCAAGAGCCGGGCGCCACCGCCGAUGAGAUACUCAAUCUUGACUUCAUGCAGGCCGGGCCGUUACCUAUGCAA